AUGGCUGCGUGCGAAUCGCGGUCAGGAUACGGUCAUCUACCGGUCUGAUACAGGAAAGCCUUCAUGGUUUAAUGGGCAUGUCUAUUGACCCAUGUUUUUCGCUUGCUGUUAAUAAAUACCACAUUGUUGGUAUAUGUUGAAGGACAGUUUAAAUAGAUAUUAUACUGAAAGAGCAGCGGACUCGAGCAUUAAACUGCACCGCCUUGGCUUGGCUUUGAUUCCAGGAGAGGAUUUUGAACGAGAUGGAAAAGAUUGAGGAUGUACCUGAACAAAUAUAUAAUUUUUAUAUAUGAGAACAAACUGGGAUAACUACUUUGAUCAUUGGAUGUUUUAAAAGGGGACGACAGCAGAGUUUAUCGCUGCUAUCAGGGAUCGUUCUACAGCCGAUGGGUUAUCCACCCAGUGGGGACCAGAAGAGCAGUGUCAUCUCAGAGCGUUCUGUAGAUUCACUACUGAAGCUGAUGGUGGAGUCAUUUUCCUCUGGAGGCAGGGGUGCUGAGCCCAGCAUCACUCAUGUUACAGAUAGGCAAGAGAACAUAAUGCAAGGCAUGUUCUCUCAUACUGAUAAAUCGCAGAGAGAGAAGAGCCACCUGCAUAGAAUACAGGACCAUGAUCUCCUGUGUUCUGGUGCAGAAGGUCAGUGUGUUGAAGAACAGCAUCAGCAGGAGUGCCCAGGCAUGGACUGUACCACUCCAUGUGGCACAAAGCUGCCAAAUGGACAUGCAAGCCACAAUGCACAUAAAGUUCCUAAGUCAUCUCAACCUGCGGGAUGUGUAGACUUUAUUUUUAAAGACAACAAUGUGAUAGCAAACGGUGAGCUAUCGGAAGACUCCAGAGAUUUGAGUGUUGAAGUCGGAACAAGUGAGGAGAAUAUCAGAACUUCCAUGGCAUGCGCUCUCUCUGAAUUGGCCACAUCACCUCAAGAUGGUGAUGAAAAUAGAACUAUAGGAUCAGAACUUGUUUUGAAUCCCCAGAAUUCAGUGUUUAAUCAAGCCCUUGAGGGUGACACCACAAGUUUUCAUGAAUCAGAACCGCACUUUACCAGGAAUCCAUCAGGCAGUCCAUCUGCUGCUUUGACGCAUUCUCUCAGGAAGUUUUCUUCUAGCACUUUCUUCAACGCUAACUCUAGACAGAGUCCAGAUGAUGACGAGACAUUUCCCUCAUCAGACAAACAUGAUGACCUAACGUUAAUGGACAUGACUGCCAGGAACACCUACGAAAUUAGUCGGCGUCAGAGUGCCCCAGACAACAUCCCUGGUGUAUUGAGUGUUGCUUCCACAGAUCUGACUCGGAAGCAUGGCAUCUCAGAGAUCUUUAGCAGAAGUUUGUUCUCCAGAAAACAGAGAGAGGCCCAGAGUGCACCGGGAUGGAAACUUUUUGGAAAAGUCCCACUGAGAGAGAGCCCCCCCAAAGACUCCAGAACCAUUCAGCAGGAAAGUAACCGAGGCAAUCUUACAUCUGUAUCUACACCCAAUCUCUUAAGCUCAGGGGAGUAUGAGGCCAAGGUGACUAAAUCCAGCCAGAGCCCCUCACUGCCUGCUCAGGGCCGACGGAAGAACCUGGAAUUCGAACCAUUGUCCACCACAGGGCUCAUACUAGAGGACCGCCCAGCGAAUCUUCCUGCUAAGUCGGAGGAGGAAGCCCAGCGCCACCGUCAGGAGUAUGAUGAAAUGGUGGCUGAGGCAAAGAAAAGAGAGUUGAAGGAGGCUCAAAAGAAGAAAAAGCAAAUGAAGGAAAGAUUUAAACAAGAGGAGUGCAUCGCUAACGCUAUGGUGGUUUGGAACAAUGAGAUCCUUCCCAACUGGGAGAACAUGCGUGGCACACGGCGUGUGAGAGAUCUGUGGUGGCAGGGUCUGCCGCCCAAUGUGAGGGGUAAAGUGUGGAGUCUGGCCAUCGGGAAUGAACUGAACAUCACCUCAGAAUUGUAUGAGAUCUUUCUGUCACGAGCCAAGGAGCGCUGGAAGAGCUUCAGUGAGACAGAGUCAGAGGUGGACAGUGGGGCGUCAGUUGCUGACCGGGAGUCCAGUCUGGAACUGAUAAAGCUGGAUAUCUCUCGCACGUUUCCUUCACUCUUUAUCUUCCAGAAGGGUGGGCCAUACCACGAUCUCCUGCACAGCGUGUUGGGUGCUUACACCUGCUACAGACCAGACGUGGGAUAUGUUCAGGGCAUGUCCUUCAUCGCUGCAGUGUUGAUUCUCAAUCUGGAGGAGGCUGAUGCUUUUAUUGCCUUCGCCAAUCUGCUCAACAAACCCUGCCAGUUGGCUUUCUUCAGAGUGGACCAUGAGCUGAUGCUGAAGUACUUUGCAGCAUUUGAGGUGUUCUUUGAGGAAAACCUACCCAAACUUUUGAAUCACUUUAGGAGUUACAACCUCACCCCUGACCUGUACCUGAUUGACUGGAUCUUCACCCUGUAUAGCAAGUCCCUGCCACUAGAUGUGGCGUGUCGGGUGUGGGAUGUGUUCUGCAGAGACGGGGAGGAGUUCCUCUUCCGCACAGGGCUGGGAAUCCUGCGGCUCUAUGAGGAAGUGCUGCUGCAGAUGGAUUUCAUCCACAUCGCUCAGUUCCUCACCAGACUGCCAGAGGACACCCCCCCUGAACGCCUCUUCAACUGCAUUGCCAACACCCAGAUGAUCAGCAGCAACAGGAAGUGGACACAGGUGUUUAGUGCCCUGGUGUAGGAUAAAGAAAAGGAAUAAAACAGCAGUCCUUCAUUGAGAAACUCUUGAUGAAUACCAAUUUAAGCUUGAUUAAAUGCAAAUGGAACGAUUAAAACAGAAUAUUGAAUAAAAAAUGACUCCUGCAGCAUGAAGAAAAACUUGAUAAACUUUAUUAACCAUUGCCAGUAUUUCUGAAGAUUAAAAAAUGAUUUUAUCAAAUGAAAUUGCAUCCUGAAAAUGAGCCUUUAUGAGAAAAUACUCCACCAGCUUAAUCGUGUACUGUACUUGAUACCAGCCUCACUUUAAUGCUUUUUUUUUUUUUUAAACUUCCUCUUUAUUGAGAGGAGGUUUCAGAAAAUAUAUAUGAAAAAAUGACUGACUGGUGCAUAUAAUAAUAAUAAUAAUAAUAAUAAUAAUAAUAAAAGAAAUAUUUAUGCUAAAGUUAUUAUUUUGAAGCAUUUCAUUUGGAGUCUGUUUAUGCACUUGGAGUUUUCAUAUUUGAUAUCAACACUAUUAAUAAACUGUUAGGAGUCGCCAGAGAAGAUUUGUAAAAAAGAAAAGAAAAGUGAUGUUGUUUUCUUCGGCAGUUUUGUUUUAUGGAGAGAAAAAGACCUUAAUGAAGUGCAAUAGAAAUUGUAAAAAUAUGUAUGAUGCAGUUAAGAUUGAUCCGAGCAUAUAUGCUGAAAUAAUGCACAUAGGUUUUUAGGUGUUGCAGAACAAUCAUUCUAUCUGUUACAGUCAACAUCCCAUUGUGUGAUUUUUAAUUUGUACUUUUAAAGCACUAAUGUUUAGCUUGAAAGUAAAUCUUACUAACGUAUGACAGUAAAGUGCACAGGCUCUAUGUGAAUGAUGGAUAAAGAGGUUUAGAAUUUAGAAUUACAAUACAUGUGUAUUGUAUGCAUAACAGUAAGUGGUGUAAUUAUUUGUCUGUUUCUUUUUCUGUUCAAUUAUUUGACCAAAGGCAUUGUUAUCCUGGGAUUUCACUCCAAUAUUUGUGAAUAUGGAGUCUGGAAAGAUUGUUUGAUUUGGCUGUACAUUGCAUCUUGAUGAUAAAUGAUUUUAAAAUGUAAAUUGUAUCAUUAAUUCUGGAUUUGUUUUCUACACACUCCUGGUUUUAUUGUACAGUUUUCAUACUGAAGUGAAGAUGUAUUGUAUAUAGACAACAUACUUGAUACCAUGAAAUUCAAACGUGUAA